AACAAAAGAAUAAAAGAAAAAAAAGAAAAAAGAAAAAGAAGAAAGAAGAAGAAGAAGAAGAACGAUAUAGAAAAGUCGUUUAGCGAACCUUCUUCGAAAUUGCUUCUCCUCUCUUUUGCUCGUGAAAUCCUUGAUUUUCUUUUGCUUGUUUGUUUCGCGAGAAAACUCUUGAAGAUUGGAAUCCGGUUGGGCUUAAAUCUUUGUGUGUUUUCUUUUUUUUUUUAAGAAACUGGAAGCGUUCGGAGCGGUUUUUGAUUGGUUUUUCCGGAGGCUGAAAGGGAGUUAGGGUUAGGGUUUUCUGAGGCGGUUAUGGAGGACGAGAAUUCGAUUUUUGGGAUGGAAGGUAAUACGGAAAGUUUAGAGCAGAGUAACGGUUUCGUUGAUGAGUUCGCGGACCAUGAUUUGUUUGAAGGAGGUGAUUUGUCGAUUGAUCUGGAUAUGCUAUUCGGCAUUAUUGACGAGGAACGCGAUAAGAAGGAUUCUGAUCCGUCGCAGAAUUGUUCGGAGUUUUCAUUAAAAAAUGCAUCACAAGGUGAAGCAGUUCCUAGUGCCAGCCACCAUGAUAGUGCUUGUCCAGUUGCAGAGAAUGAUCUAAUGGGUCCCAGCACAUUGCAUCCUUCAUACAACUCAGAAGCCUUGGACUCAAUGAAAGGGACUCCAAUUGUUGCAGAGAAUGAUCUAGUGGGUCCUAGCACAUUCCACCCUUCAUACAACUCAGAAGCCUCAGACUCAAUGACAGGGGUCUCAGGUGGUUCCUUUGGUUCCGCAAUGAAUCAGAACUUAAUCUUCGACUCUAGAGUUCAGCGGUCUCCAGUGAAUGCUUGGUCUGCAAGUCUUAAAGACUGGAUUUCACUAGCUCCGAGUGACGAAACUUACUUGUCUGAGAGGGCCAGUUUUUCGCUACCUACUAGCGGUACAUCAUCUAAUUUUCCUCAAAGAGAUGCUAACAAUUCUUCAGAUUUUUUAGAUAAAUUCAAUAGUACGCUGCAGGGAGUAACUGAAAUUCAAAUAAGGAACAAUGGAGCUGAAAUCAGUCGCCAAGGUGCUUUAGAAUACCCUGGUUCUAAGAACAUUGGUAUAAAUUUUUGUAAGAAUGAGACCUUUGGUCAAAAUAUCAUGGACAUUGUGGGACCACCAACAGAUAACUUGCAUACGUCUGCAGAAAUCCCCUUCAUGGGUGCAGAUAUGCGCUUGGGAGACAUAGCUUGUAAGGAUUCUGCCAUUUGUCCUAAUACUCAAAUUAUGAGUGAUUAUUCCUCAACACAAUGCAAUGUGGGAAUAGAUUAUCACUUCCAUAACAGUUAUAAUUCUCAAUUUUUUACAAUCAAUGAAGAAUUGAAGAAUAGCGUGAAGGAUGAGGAAGGGGAAUUUCCAGCUGAGAGUACAUGUUCAAGUACUAAGAUGAAAUUGAAUGGCCAUUUUGGGGAAAACGGAAAAUCUUCCUUGGGGUUUUCAACGAGUAAUUAUAUGGAUAUAGAGGGAUGUCAUUAUGGAUAUGAAGGUAAUGAUUAUGUGCCAUCUAUGGGUUGUUCUUGGUUUGAUGCAGAUGGAUGUCCUGUUGAUGAUAAAGCAGUGAUGCAGCCAUGGGGUUGUGCACAAUCAUACAUUUGUAGUGAAGAGAACGUGAAGGACGAGAAACCAGAAGAGGUGGUUGCGCCUAGUAUCUCUAUGUGGCAUUCGGUCGAUGUCAUUGAUGAAGCUGUCAGUAGAGAGCAUUCUUACUCUGCUGACAACAAAUCUUUUGGCGAAGACUUAAGAUCAUCAUUUUUUGGUAUUUCUUCCUCGCUGUCUGGUCAGAAGACUGAGCAUCAAAUGGAUGACAAAGAAGAUCAUGUUACAUAUAAGAAAGUCUGCCGUUCUCCAGAUAAUAUUAAUGGAAGAUUGACAAUGUAUAAUAGUAAUGGAAAUUUGAAGAUUGAUGCUUCGGAACAGUAUAUGCCUUUUGCACAACCAUUCUCUUCAAUUGGUAAUCAAUCUAUGUGUGUUAUGGGUCCUCGAAUUUCAAAAGUCAGUCCCGAAUCAAGUCACAGUAAUUUCUCAGAGAAAUCUGUUGUAGAGGAUGACUCGGAUAUAUGUAUCAUUGAAGAUAUAAGUCAUCCUGCUCCUUCUAACCAGUCUCUAGUACCGAGAAACAUGCUUGUUACUUCACAAAGUUCUGCAAUUAGUGAUAAUUACGUGAAUGUUGGUGGCAUGAGAUUCAAGGCAAAAGAUGAGCGGUUAAUUUUACGAUUAUUGCAGGAUCUUUCACAGCCAAAGUCAGAAACUAAUCCACCAGAUGGUGUUUUGGCAGUGCCUCUUCUUCGGCAUCAGAGGAUUGCUUUGUCAUGGAUGGUUCAGAAGGAGACAGAUAGUGCGCACUGUUCAGGUGGAAUUCUCGCGGAUGAUCAGGGACUGGGGAAGACUGUGUCAACAAUAGCACUAAUAUUGAAGGAAAGGCCUCCAUCUUUUAAAGCAUGUCAUGUAAAACAAGACGAAACGGAAACAUUGAACUUGGAUGAGGAUGAUGUUAUGCUUUCUGCAUCUAAUGGAAUGAAAGAAGAAUCAGAUCCUCUUCAAGUUGUGUCAAAUGAAACUCCAAUCAGAAGCAAGAAUUCUUCUAUGCUAGCAAAGGGUAGACCAGCUGCUGGAACCCUUAUUGUUUGUCCUACAAGUGUUCUGCGACAAUGGGAUGAGGAGUUGCGGAAUAAGGUAACCCAAAAAGCCAAUCUCUCUGUGCUCGUGUACCAUGGAAGCAAUCGAACAAGGGAUCCUUGUGAGCUGGCCAAGUAUGAUGUAGUUCUUACGACAUAUUCAAUUGUCAGUAUGGAAGUACCAAAGCAGCCUUGUGUCAAUGAAGAUGAUGAGGAGAAAGGAAAAUCAGAAGAUCAUGGUUUUUCUAUGGGACUCUCCUCUAGUAAGAAAAGGAAAUACCCUCUUAGUUCUAAUAAAAAACGUUCAGAUAAAAAAGGUUUGGACAGUGCCCUGCUUGACAAUGCUCGGCCCUUAGCAAAGGUGGGAUGGUUCAGGGUUGUCCUUGAUGAGGCCCAGAGCAUUAAGAAUCACAGAACCCAAGUAGCUAGAGCCUGCUGGGGUCUUCGUGCUAAACGUAGGUGGUGCUUGUCAGGGACUCCUAUCCAGAAUGCAAUUGAUGAUCUUUACAGCUACUUCAGAUUUCUCAAAUAUGACCCUUUUGAUGCAUAUAAGUUGUUUUGUACCUAUAUUAAGACCCCAAUUAGUAAGAAUCCAUCAACUGGGUACCGAAAACUACAAACUGUUUUGAAGACAAUCAUGCUACGCCGCACCAAAGGUACACUUCUUGAUGGGGAACCAAUCAUCAGUUUGCCACCCAAAUUUAUAGAAUUGAAAAGGGUGGAUUUUUCAGAGCAAGAACGUGAUUUUUACUCCCAGCUAGAGGCUGAUUCGCGUGCUCAGUUUCAAGAGUAUGCUGCUGCUGGAACGGUUAAACAGAAUUAUGUUAACAUUUUGUUGAUGCUCUUGCGUCUUCGACAAGCUUGUGAUCACCCCUUUCUUGUUAAGGGUAUUGAUUCACAUUCGUUAUUGAGUUCUUCUGUUGAGAUGGCAAAGAAACUACCUCAAGAUGAAAAAGAACAUCUUCUGAAAUGCUUGGAAGGUUCAUUGGCAAUUUGCGGCAUCUGCAGUGAUCCACCUGAGGAUGCGGUUGUUGCCAAGUGUGGACAUGUUUUUUGCAAUCAGUGCAUUUGUGAACAUCUUACAGGUGAUGAUCACCAGUGCCCUAAUACAAAUUGCAAAGCUCGGCUUAAUAGGUAUAUAGUGUUUUCCAAAGCCACGUUGAGCAGUCCUCUUCAUGAUCAGUCUAGUCAUGAUAGUUCUAGGGAUUGUACUGGUUUGGAAGUUAUUCAGACAGGAGAGUCUUGUCAUGAGGGUCACUUUAAGUCUUCCAAGAUUAAGGCUGCUCUUGACGUCUUGCAAUCAUUAUGUGGACCACAUGAUUCUUCAUCUGGAAAUAGUUCCACACUGAACUCAUCUGAUGAAAAUGCCAGCUCUGUGGAAAACUCGUUGGCUACUUGUGCAGUUGAACCACUUAAGGAUGUUCCUGAUAACCGAAAUUUGGAGGCAGAAGAAGGUACUAAUUCUUCAAUUAAGGUUGUUGGACAGAAGGCGAUAGUCUUUUCGCAGUGGACAAGGAUGCUGGAUUUGCUUGAAGGUUGUCUAAAACAUUCUUGCAUUAAAUAUAGAAGACUAGAUGGAACAAUGUCAGUCACGGCCAGAGAUAAAGCUGUGAAGGAUUUUAACACCCUGCCUGAGGUGUCUGUUAUGAUAAUGUCUUUGAAAGCUGCUAGUCUUGGUCUCAACAUGGUUGCAGCUUGCCACGUUCUACUUCUGGAUCUGUGGUGGAAUCCUACUACAGAAGACCAGGCAAUUGAUAGGGCACAUCGGAUUGGACAGACUCGUCCAGUUACAGUGUUGCGGCUAACCGUGAGAGAUACCGUUGAAGAUCGUAUUUUAUCUCUUCAGCAAAAAAAGAGAGAAAUGGUUGCUUCUGCAUUUGGGGAGGAUGAAAUGGGAGGUCGUCAGACUCGCCUGACAGUAGAGGAUUUGAAAUAUCUGUUCAUGACGUGAUUUAUAGGUUUGGCAGACGUUGUUUGCUUGCUAACACAGAUUAUAUUAUCAGUUAGCUUUCUCUUAAAGGUGUCAACUGCAGCAGUAACACUCUAAUCCCUGACCAAUAGAGAUUGAAAAGGAGUACCGACUAUAAGAAGCUCUACUGACAAGAAGAUUUUUUUUGUGUUAAUAGUCUUUAUAGAAUCAAAGGAUCCAUUUGUUUUUACCUUUUUAACUUCCGUCUCUCUCCAUUACAAUGUAUAGGAUGUAGAUAUUAGUUGCUUUACGCUAGAAAGGGUAGGCGCUAUGAGCUAUAGAUGAGAUAAAUAUUUUUUUUAAUUUUAGUGUUACUGUUUAAUCCAUUUUUUACAUGUAAAUGAUAGUUUCUCCCAUUUUCUAUCUCGUUUUUCAUUUAGCUUUCUGUUAUUGCAAUCACAAUGACAAAUGUUAGGCGUAUUUGACGGGUUUGAUUGUAUCAUUUCUCUGGUCGGUUCAUGUUUACCAUUUACUUACGGUGCAAAGAUUAUGGUCGAGGCAGUAGCUGAGGAGCUUAUUAGUAGUAAUUCCCAGCACAUUACUUUGGACUUUGUAAACUAUAACUACCUGUGUUAUCCGAAAGGUGUCAACAUCAUAUUCUAUGGAAAUAAACGUUCUGACU